AUGUACUCCUUCAUUGGCAUCUUACUUUUGGUACUUGCAUCUAGUAGAUAUGAAGUUCUUGGUGCUUCACUUCAACCUAGAGCUGUUUCAGAUGGCUCUUUCUAUAUGUGCACCAAUGGAGGUCUCGCAACCUACUGUAUGGGUUCAAUCCAAACAGCAUGGAACCAAGGACACUUCCAAGUGAUCACAAGCGAGCACAAGUUCUUUUCGGAUCCAGCGAAUUCUUGUAAGGUUACAUCCUGGUCGCUCGAUUGGAACACUGUAAGACUGCAAAGCGUCAACCAAUUUCAAGACGCUGCCAGGCAAAUGGAUGAUUUUUGCAUACUUUCUAAGCGUCCACUUGCUAGCCCGUCAGUAGACUUAACAGAAUAUCACAAUGCCUACGUAGGAAGAGUAAGCAAUGGAUAUGUUGUGAUUCAAUUAGAUAUCGAACCAGCAACAUAUCGAUUUCAAGGUGGUGCUGGUGGAGUGCAUGCUUGA